UCUUUAAAAAAAAAAAAAAAAGGCUAAAAAGAAGAAAAAAAGAGGGGUGUGGCCACAAAAAUAGUCGUUUGCGGCUGAACCACCGUUUGCGCGGAAAAGUCCCGCCCUUUUUACUUACGUCAUCGGACAAGAUGGCGGCGCCCAGGGCGUUCCUGCGCUUGGGUGCCCGAGAAUGGAAUGGGAGGGCCAGGGGCAUCCAUAGCAUGAGUGAGCCCGUGACCCCAGACAGCAGUCGGAAGAAAAGAACGCUGUUACAGUUCCUCUCGGACUACUUCCAUGACAUCCAUGCUCUGAGAGAGUACCUGCUUCGGAAGCAGAUACUGAAGGUGAACCGGAAGAAUCGAGCCUUCGCUGACAUCCAGGAGAAAUAUGGACCAUAUGUCACAGGUGCCCUCUUCAUCCUGAAGCAGGGAGGCGCAGUGAAGUUUCAGGACAAGGAGUGGAUCCGUCCAAAUGAGCGUGGCCAUUUUCCUACCGAGUUCCUGGAGUUCCGGAAGGUUCCUGUGGAGGCUGUGGAUGCCAGUGGCUGUGCUAUCAACUACCAGGGCAUGAGCAACCUCCUGCCCCUGAAGGAGCUGCGGUUCCUGUCGCUGCAGUGCUGCCCCAACGUGGAUGACUGGUGCCUUAGCCGUCUCUACCUUCUGGCUGACUCGCUGCAGGAGCUCUCGCUGGCCGGGUGCCCCCAAGUCUCAGAACGGGGCCUUGCCUGCCUCCACCACCUCCAGAAUCUCCGCAGGCUGGACAUCUCAGACCUCCCUGCCGUGUCCCACCCAGGCCUCACUCAGAUCCUGGUAGAAGAAAUGUUGCCCCAUUGUGAGGUCCUUGGCACUGACUGGGACCAGGGCCUGAAGCUGGAGCCAGACCAGCAGCCUCAGAACACACUGAGCCCUGUCUCUCCCUAGCCUGUGGCCCCACUCUUGCAGGAUCUUGUGGGGCUUUGUGGAGUGUGAUGUUUUCUCACUCUGGCUUCCAGUGAGGUCCAUUCAACCCAAAGGAACAUUGGCAAAUAAGAAGGCUUGAGUCAGGGUGCUGACUGGUGUUUGCCUGCAGCUGUCAAACAGCUGUCACCAUGGCCGACAGCCCUCCAUGGACAGCUGCUCAUAGCGCCACGGUUUCUCAUUAUCCCUGCUCACCAAGAGCAUUCCCCCGAACUGUCCAUAUACAUGUCAGCAGGACUGUGGCCAACAUGAGAAACUGUUGGUUCUUUACAGUGGUGGUUCCUCCUUGUGCAGGGUGCAUCAACUCCACAGGUGGAGCAUCCUUGGCCCACAUUCAUUAAAGGCUGGCAGCACCCCAAGCCGGCUCCACGGCAUCGCCCAUGGAUUUACAGGCUUGCGUGCUCGCUUUAGCAGCACAUAUAAUAAAAUUGGAACGAUUUACUGACUUGUA